GCAAAACAUUCAGAUAUCGCGUACACUUGGCAUCCUUUUUGUUAAUAGUGCAGUACGAAAUUGAAAAUAUAAUUAAUAAUUAUUACUAUUCGAUAAAUUAUCGAUCUUUUUUAAUUCCAUGUAAGUGAGGACGCUCAACCAUCAGAGAUCGAUUUUGUUAUCGGAUACCCAAAAUCGACGUCGUAGGUAAAAACGAAUUUUGCAAAAAUGAACUCGUCUUCUGUUAAUAAGAAUCGUGUCAAACGAAAGCUGUGUGUGGACGGAACAAAGAUGAAAUAUUGAGCGUCUGUUUGAGGUUAGACAAAGGAUAUUGCAGUCGUUUUCGCACUAAUGCGUUUUCAAUCGUAAAAGAAAAAUAUAAAAGAUUAAUUGAUUUUCGUGCAUGCAACGUGAUCACAAGCUACCAUCAUGAGUAAAAUGUAUUCGACGGCAAAUCUAUCCGAUAAGGAGUUGAAGGAACAAGGGAACCGUCUUUUCGAUCUGCACAAAUACGAAGACGCAGCCAGUUGCUACACAAAGGCAAUCAUGAAGAAUCCAGGUCAGGCAUUAUAUUACACAAAUCGAGCAUUGUGUCACUUGAAACUGAAACGAUGGGAAUCUGUGUGCAAGGAUUGCAGAUGGGCGUUAGAUAUAGAUCCUUGUUUGAUGAAGGGUCAUUUCUUCUUAGGACUCGCCCUAUUGGAAUUGGAACUUUUUGAUGAAGCUGUCAAAUAUCUGCAAAGAGGUAAAUACAGCGAGAUAAAUUAUAUUCUCUUUUUUUCAAUUGUAAAGAUUUAUAAUACAGGAUUAUACUUAUUUCAAACAAUACUUAUUUCAAACAACAUAGCUGUAGAUUUGGCGAAAGAACAGAAGCUGAACUAUGGCGAUGAUAUCACCAGUGUAUUGCGCCAAGCUAAGAAACGUCGAUUCCAAGUAAGGGAAGAACAAAGAAUUUCUCAAGAUAUCGAGUUGCAAACUUAUCUGAAUCAGCUGAUCAUAGAUGAUGCAAAGCGUAACUUGACAACUCUACAAGAACAAGAAACGUCAAAGGAUUCUAAUGUUGAAACAAACUUAGCAGAAUUCAUUAGAAGAAAAGAAGAGAUUGAAGAGAAGAGAGAUACCUGUAUAUCGAGACUUAAUGAUCUCUUCGCCAAAAUAGACGAGAGAAGGCGGAAAAGAGAAGUACCGGAUUACUUGUGCGGCAAGAUUAGCUUCGAAAUCCUGCAGGAACCAGUAAUUACGCCUAGUGGAAUUACAUACGAACGGAAGGACAUCGAAGAACAUCUCCAACGAGUUGGCCACUUCGAUCCGGUCACGCGAGUACGUUUGACGCAAGAUCAGCUAAUCCCAAACUUGGCGAUGAAAGAAGUAGUUGAUACUUUCUUGCAGGAUAAUGAAUGGGCCUUACAUUACUAAUGCCGAUAUGUAGCUUACUGCCAUAGAUUUAAGUUAAGGUGGUGGCGAUUUUUAACGACAGAAGAAGAAAAUACAUGUUUUGAUUGAAGAGAUUUAGAAAUGGAUACAUCUAAAAGAAAAAUCUCAAGAGAAAAUGUAAAAUAGACUGUACAUGUAAAGAAUUAAGUAUCUUGUUACCGUAAAAUAUUUUUACACGCCAUAUGAGACGUGGAAGCUAUUGUUAUCGAAAUAGCUAUUGUAAGUAUACUAAUAAAUAGUUAACGAUGAUAAAAGGAUCAUGUAAACACGUACAGGUUAUAUAUAUAUAUAAUUC